AUGGCUCUCUGGUUCAUGGUGGCCAUCUCCCUGCCAGCCCUCAUUCACGGCUUCCAACCACUCUUCUCAUUCGAUGUGAAUGCCAUCACUCACCGCGACAUCACGCAGAGGGCGGUCCUCAGGAAGACGGCCGAGGUCUGCAGAGACAUCGCUGCCUCUGAGGGACGGGUCUUCAGCCUGACUAUUGAUGACAGCCUGUCCACUGAGAUGGUCCAAAAGGCCUGCUCCUCAACAGGCGACUCCUCCAGCUCUCUCCUCUCGACCGUCAUGUUCACGAUAUCCAUCGCCAACAUGUACUUAAGCAACGCUAAAGUGGAUGUGAUUUUUGCACUGAGCGAGGAGCACCAUUUUGAUGAUGAGACCUUCCAGGGAGGACGGGAUGUCAUAACAGCAGGUGUGUCUGCCGUGAAGGCCAGCGUGAAGCUGGAGAACUUUGUCGCAGGCAGGUGGACACUUGGAUCCGUCUGUCAUACCCUACAGGACUUCUACAGCCACAGUAACUGGGUGGAGCUUGGGAACAAUGCUCCAUACAGCACUCUGAUCCAACCAGACCAACCUCUUCGGAACUUGGCAGGCCCAACUACACCCACAUGUAGAAACUGUACAGGAGAAAAUUGUGACAACAACCUCCUGUCUGACGUGCUGCAGCAGGGGCUUCUCACCUCGGGGUACUUCAACAUCUUCUCCUCAGAGAAACCUGCAGGUAAAUGCAGCCACGGUGGAUCGUUUGAUCUGACGAGCACACAUGACCCAGUGGGAGGCAUUAAUAAGGAUGGUGUUGGGUCCAGUCACGGCUCACUUCACCAAAAAGCAGCAGAUUUGGCCGUGAAAGCCACUAUGGAGCUACUGGAGGACAUCCGACGAGCGGCCGGAGACCUAAACUUCCUGCGAUUGAUGGGCCUCUCCCAGUCCUCCGCGCUGUGUUUUGUCAUUGACACCACGGGCAGUAUGAGAGAUGACAUCGCCGAGGCUAAGAGAGUUUCCUUCGACAUCAUUGACAGUAAGAGGGGAACCGAGCAGGAGCCCUCUGUCUACAUAUUGGUACCCUUCAAUGACCCAGGUUUUGGACCUCUGAUUAUGACAACCAAUGCAGACAUCUUCAAAGACAGCAUCAACAAGCUGUCUGCAAAUGGAGGAGGAGACAUCCCAGAGCUGUGCUUGUCUGGACUGCAGCUUGCCUUGACUGCUGCGCCACCCUCCUCUGAUAUUUUUGUCUUCACUGACGCUCCAGCUAAAGAUGCUCACCUGAAAAGCACCAUCAUCGCCCUGAUAGAGAGCACUAAGUCCGUGGUCACUUUCAUGUUGACAGACGUCGCAUCUGCUCGACGGCGCCGCAGAAAUCCUCUGGAUGUGAGUUCACGUUCAAUGAGCCAAUCGGAUGCACAGCUGUACGGCGACCUCGCCCAGGCCUCUGGAGGUCAGGCCAUUGCGGUCACCAAGUCAGAGCUCACUGUGGCUACAAGUGUAAUAAAGGAUUCAUUAGCAAGUGCUGUGGUGACAGUUUUUCAGGUCGUGAAGAAUCCAGGAAAGCCUGAAAAUUUUACGUUUACUGUCGAUGGAUCCCUAAAGAACAUAACUGCCUACAUCACAGGAGCAUCGUCUCUCACUUUUGAUCUCAUAAGCUCAACAGGUGUAUCUCAGAGUUCCAGUCAGCCCAGUGGUCCUCUGGCAUCUUUCACCACAGCAGGAAACCUACGUCGUUUAAGCCUCAACACUGACAAUCAAACCGGGUCAUGGGAAAUUAGAGUUAACUCUAAUAACCCCUAUUCUGUGAAGGUCACAGGUCAAAGCUCAGUGAACUUCAUUUUUCAUCUUGUGGAAGCUCAUGAGGGAGCCCACGGGGACUUCAGUCUGAAGGAGGGACGCCCUUUCUCAGGUGGUAACGCCACCCUCUUGGUCUCUGUGACAGGAAGUGACACAGUAAAGGUCACAGAGGUCACUCUGUUUGACAGCUCAGGGCCAACCGAGGUCAACGGAUCACUCAAGUCGGUGGGAAGUGGUAACUUCCUGGUGACAUUCAGUGGAGUCCCGGCAGGUGGCUUUGUGGUUCGAGUGAGAGGAGAGGACAGCGGCUCCACCUCCAGGGCAACACCGAGCAGCUUCCAGAGACAAGCCUCCACCCAGAUCAGGACAUCCAGCAUCUCUGUCACAACCCAAGCCAACAACACCAACAUUGAACCAGGCUCCACCGUCUCCAUCCCUUUCACGGUCACCACGACCAACAAUGGACUUGUGAAUGACUCUGCAACCGGGACGUUCACAGUUCGAGCAAACAAUGACCGCAGCUAUGCUUCAUCUUCGCCCAGCACCGUUACCAUAGCGGCGGGCGAUGGAGGCAAAGCCAACGGCACCGUCACCUUAACAGCACCGGCCAGUGCUGCAUCAGGAACAGACGUGACCCUGACCAUUGAGGCGGAAAAUCCAGCGGACAACGACAUCAACUACACUGUCCUCAGGUUGUCUGUUGUUGCCAAGGUGACAGAUAUCACCCGCCCAGUGUGCCAAGUUAGUUCAUCCACCAUUUGUCCAUCCUCUUCAUCGCUCUGUACUUCCUCCCGGUGGGAAUUCAUGGCUAAUCUCACCGAUGGCAUCAAUGGAACUGGCAUCGAGAGCGUCACCAUCCGCCGAGGGAACGGUACCCUCAACACCAGCACAGUGGCUGGAGCAGGGGGGGAGAACAUCACAGUGGUGACCUACAGCGCCUCCUGCUGCUCCCAGAAUGCAGAGCUGACUGCUGUGGACAAAGUCGGCAACGUGGGGACGUGUGUGGCACAGGCGAGAGAAUCUCCCACGACUGCCCCCGUUACUCCAGCUGCAGCGGCCACAACAUCCACUGGGGGGCACACACACAGCAUGUCACACUACCUCUGGAUCAGUGUUGUGGUUUCUCUCCUUUGGAAGCAGCCUGGAUGA